AUGGCCAGUGAACAUUCCGAGUCCCAGGAGACCAGCUCCACGUCUCUAGUGGAAGACUCGCUGACCAUAUCGUUCGAAGACAUCAGCUAUGUGGUCCGACAUGGCAUCUUGGCGGGAGGACGCAAGACGAUCCUCAACGAAGUAUGCGGCACCUUCAACGCUGGCGAGCUGACGGUCAUUAUGGGACAGUCCGGAGCCGGCAAGAGCACUCUCAUGGACAUCCUAGCGGGAUAUACAAAACAAACAAGUGGGAAUAUUUUCAUCAAUGGACGACUGCGCAAUGAAAAAAGUUUUAGGCGAAGAUCGUGUUACAUAUUACAAGAUGACAGAGUACAAGACAUGCUCACUAUCAACGAAUCAUUACACAUAGCAGCAGAACUCAAAUUAGGAAAUCAUAUUAGCAAACAACAGAAAAAACGACGAAUACAUGAAAUAAUCACAUCCCUCGGUUUAAGUAGUUCUAAGCACACUAGAGCUGGUCUUUUGUCUGGUGGUCAGAAGAAAAGGCUGGCAAUAGGUUUGGAAUUAAUCAGUGACCCACCGGUUAUGUUCCUAGAUGAACCUACAAGUGGGCUGGAUAGUUCAAUAUCGAAGCAAAUAGUAUAUUUACUUCACCUUUUAGCGCGGCAAGGGCGGACGGUGGUGGUGACCAUGCACCAGCCGUCCGCCGCUCUGUUGAGCAUGGUGGACCGGUUGUACGCCGUGGUCGGGGGCCGCUGUGCUUACGUCGGCUCCGUACCGCAGCUCCUGCCCUAUCUAGAACAUAUGAACUUAAUGUGCCCGCCCUACCAUAACCCUGUGGACUUUUUAAUCGAAAUAUGUGUAGAAAAUGCGAGUGACCUAGUGGAGAGCUCUGGAAACGGGAGGAACAAUAGAUGGACUGCAAACAUAUCUCAUGAGACUGAUAGUAAUUUAAUAGAAAUAUCUAGUCUAAGUGCCUGUAAAGAGGUUUGCCUGACGACGCUGCCGGCUCCUAAGGAGGAUCCGACGAGUAAAAUACUAUUAGCACUGAAGAGUACAUACACCACGUCGUUUCUUAAACAAUUUGCCACGCUAACUCGGAGAUCACUUCUGACAAUAUGGAGAGACCCCUCGUUCACUCUAAUGACGACAGGCAUCCACUGCGCGAUGGCGCUCUUCAUAGGAUUCCUAUUUUACAACAUCGGACAUGACGCUAAGUACGUGCGGGACAACUACAACUUCUUGUACUUCAGCCUUAUGUUCCUCAUGUUCACCGCUUUCAGUGGUGUUACUAUCAGCUUUCCUGAACAAAUCCCUGUGAUCCGACGAGAACAUUUCAACAGGUGGUACACAACGGGUGCCUACUAUACUUCGACUAUAGCAUCGACAUUACCAACACAGACUGUGUGCACACUGUCGUACGCCUUCAUUGUGUACUGGCUUACUGGACAACCUACCGAACUGCGACGGUUCGCCGGCUUCUGCUUCAUACUGCUCUUAGUAUCGUACGUCGGAUUAUGCAAAGGACUGCUUAUUGGAUCCUUGUUUAAUGUUAAGAAUGGAGUGGUAUUCGGACCAUUCUUCAUAAUGCCGUUCACCGUGUUCUCUGGGUUCUUCCUCCGAUACUACGACGCUCCGUUCUUCGUGCGAUGGCUAUUCCAGGCGUCUUUCCUCAAACACGGCCUUGUGGGCCUCGUAUUAUCCAUCUACGGCAUGGACAGGCCCAAACUCGUGUGUUCAGAAUUAUACUGCCAUUACUCCUACCCCAAUCUAUUCCUACAAGACAACUACAUAGUCGGUGAAAAGUUUUCCAUGCUUAUUCUUGCACUGUUCUCUAUAGGAAUUAUUGUAUCAAUAUUUGCUUUUAUCAUAUUAAAAAUAAGAUUAAAGAGCAAAUGGUAA